AUGUCAAUGUCAAUUCUUGGUAGUGUGCCUCUCUUUGGUUUGUUCGGUUCGAGUACAAAGAGUAAACAUGAUCGUCUUCGCAAGAGUAUGAUACCUAUAUCCUCUGUAUUGAAAAGACAGCCCUUUUCGACCUCAUCACAACGAGCAUUACCUAAUAAAUCAUCCUCUUAUCAACAAAGAAGUGCUGAAAACAGGGCUGGCCCUGAAGUCAUCACCGAAAGCUCCAUCUUGAAUAGUUUUCCAAGACCCAAUUUGAUGCCCACUCUCCACUUUUCACUCUUUGGAUCACCUAAUAACGAUGGUAGAAAGACAGCAGCCAAAUGUACAAAUUGCUCUGGUCCACAUUCGACUGAUUUCUGUCCUUGUUGA